AUGGUUGCUACACAUUGGUCAUUGGCUUUAGAAAGGGCAAAGCAUUUGUUGCUGAAUCGGAUUCGAUCAGAAAUAGAGCAAGUGAAGAACUUUUACAGCAUAUACAUUUUUCAUUAUUCACUAACGGUAAUGACACGAUGCGCUAUAAAUGGAUGAAUGACAAAAAUAAGCAGCUGCCUUUUUUAUUCAAUCGAUUGCUUGUUUCUAACCUUUUGGAUAAAAUUCUUUUAAUUUUAGGGACACAAGUAAAUACGAGACAAUCCGAGGAAGAGAAGCUAAGGAGAGACGUACAAGAUUUAUUUAAUGAUAAAUACCGUAAGAAUUGUUUCAUGACAUUGUGUUUUUUUGUAGUUUCAGAAAUUUUGUACAUUUUCACAGAACGCAAACUAUGUGGAAGGGAGUUCCGGUUUAGGUGUAGACAAGGAAAACGCUAUAUCACCCAAGAAAUUACACAGCGGUAAAGAUAAAAUUCACUAUUUCACAUCAUCGAUUUUUACAUGUUUAGGGUCAUCAAUAGUAAAAAGAAAAUAGAUCUUUAACUAUCCAUGGUCACGACUGAUCUGUUGACCAAAUUGGAACCGAGAAUUGAAGUGAAUUUAUUUUCUUUGUAAUAAAUGCUUGUAUAUUCUAUUUAUAGGUGAAGCUACUGGAAAAGAUACACCCUUUCCGUAUAAACGCAGGAAUGAAUUUCUAGUUGAUGGACUGCCCGAAAUUCCAUUUCGAAAACCAAGUGGCUAUGGUGUUGGCCAAUUAAGGAAAAUAAUUCAAUCUCGCGACAACAUAAAAAUUCGAGUUAAAGAGGCAGAACCAACAGGUGUUAAUCUUGCCGAAACCUCUCAGGGGUUAAAUUCUUGUCCACCAAGGCCUGCUUCUUCUCUUGAUCCAUUAACAUUAUCUUCUUCUGAUGUACCACCUUCCUCGUCUUCUCUUUUAACAUGCAGUCUUGUACCUGCUGUAAGUUCAGUUCCUUCUUUAACUUCCUCUAACGUGACUUAUUCAACGUUUUCGUCGAAUACUCCUUCAAGUUCUUGCGGCCCCUCUUCUUUUAAUUACAUUUCGCCUAGUUCCUCUGCAACGUCUACGACAACUUUUCAUUUGUCUUCUCAUUCUACAUCUUUUCCUUCUUCCUCUUCUUUGUGUACGUGUUCUCCGUUGUUAGAAUCUUCUUCCACUAUAUCUUCUUUGGCAUAUAUGUCUUCUACUUCCUCGUCAUCUUCGCCUCUAACGAAUCCCAUGUUUUUAUCUGAGCCAGUCCCAUCGGUGCAGCAAUCUAUUCCAAAUCAAUUAUCUUCCAUGCAUCCUGUUUCGUCUACUGCUGUAGCUCCUGCUGUAGCUUCAGGUUUGAGUGAAGGUGCUAAGAGAAGGCGACUUAGAAGACCUGGUCAAAAGCCACGAGAGUUACCUGGUAUGUGCGUGUUUUUAAUUACUGUACCUUUACCGUUACUGUAUUCUUCGAUUCAGCUUCACCCAUCUUCCAGAUAUAUUUUCUAAGAAACGUGGCCAUUUAGUUAGCCCCCAUAAGCCCUUAUUUAUCCCUACCUUCUUAAUAUGCCCCAGUCAAGAAUCACUGAAAGAAAAUAAGCCGGCCGGAGGCUAAAUAGGAAAUGCGGUAUUUUAUAAUUUAUUUUUGAACGAAUUUCUCAUUGUUUUCUGAAUAUAAGUUUGUAGAAUGUGCCUGGUAAGGAAACAUGUUAUAAAAAAUCUUAUUGGUGUGCUUUUAAUUUCUUAUGCGGUUAUGAUUAGUUUACCCGUUCUGGAGUAAAGUUAAAGUCAGGAAUCAAGAACAACAUAUAAUAGCGGAGGGAAUGAUUGUUCCAGGAUUUCAGACUGAAAAUGCUGUUGUAAGCACCGACUUCCGGCGCAAGAUUUAUGUAAUGAAAGUUUUAGGUAAGCUAGGAUAAUAUAUGAUACCUUACAACGUUAUCGCGGCCGCGAAUACCGCCUUUUACGCAGCGUCCUAUAGUUGUGAAUUACUGUCCUGUCUGUAAAAAUUCGUACAGAGUGUAAAUGUAAUUGCUAUAAUUUAAUUAGACUACUGUUUAGCAUUGAUAAAGCAACGCCAUUAGGUGUAUGCAGGGACAGCUUGGAACACGUUGCAUGUUUAGGAUGUUAAAUACUGUAUCAGUGCUGCACAAUAUUGGUAUAUUUACAUGUAUAAAACUUUUUUGUAACUUUGUCAUUUUCCAAACCUUCUUUGCAAUUUUCAGAUCUCUUUAAUUUUAAAGUAGUUGACUUGAAAAUUGGAAAGAACUGCAAUAUGUGGACGGUCCAUAUCUAGUUUAAAUUAACUUUGGAAAGAGUAAAGGUGGUUUGGAACGCAUUGAUCAUGCAUGUAUUGUAAUUUUGUGUCGUCGCUUCGUUAAAGUUUGUAACUCUGUCUGUAUCGUUUUGCAAUGUUAAUACAGGGCCGUAGCAACCGGCAGCCCUCCCCCAAAUAAUUUGCUAAUGAUCAUUCUUUUUUCAAAAUCAUGCAGGCCUUUAUCAUUUAAAUAAUAUACCUUUAAAAUACUGACAAUUGAUUAAUUUUAAGCGGCUAUAUUAUCCAUGACAAACUGCAAAGAAUGAAGAUAUUAUCUUGCAUACUUUCCUGCAACUUAUCCAAUAUAUAGUUAAUUAAAUACGCCUUCGCCCAUUUCGUACUACUAAAUUUUAAACAAAUUGUAAAUUUUGACAUACUAAAACGCUAAAUUAUAAAUUUCGGCAUACUUAAACGCUAUUUUCUGACCAACAGAAUUCUGUCAAAUCUUCCCCAAAGUCCAGGAAAUGGCAUUCAGAGACUCUAAAUUUACAAAACAAGAUUCCUACGGCACUGCAAUUAAUGUGUAGAUAGGACUUAAUCUGUGACUCUUCAGUCCUGUUGCCUGUACCUUCAAUCGUUUUGUUGAUUGUAAAGAUAAUAAAGAAAGGGGAAAAAAGAAAGGUGUUUUAUAUUUAAAGAAAGAUUUCCGCUUCAUAUCGUUUACGUAUUAUUAAAAAUUCAUUCAUUUGCUUCAAACAAUUUGCAAAACCGGCUACCCGACUGUUGGGAAAAGCUGUGAUAUUCUUUCUAAAACAAUUUUGUUUUGUAUCCUAUCAAUUUCCCUAUUUGUACGAUAAUAUUUCUUUAGAUAUGUCAUGUUUUCAUUGUGCUGUAAGGUGUUCUGACCGCUGUAUUGUGUUUUCGAAACUCGUAAAGUAAAAAGUGUUAUUAAAACUUUUUUUCGAACGAUAUAGUUUUACAUUUCAUUUUACCAAAUUCCUCAGCCAUUUCCUGAAGAAAUUAAUGCUAAACAGAAGCUAUUUUUAGAAAGAGUCAUUCCGUUAUUGUGUUUAUAUUCCAAGCAGAAAUCGAGAAAAACAACUUUGUAAUAAAGCAAUAAAGUCACACAAGAAGCCAUUUUGAAAGCGUGUGCGUACAAGAAACACUGCAACACUGUUAGUGAACAGGCCGAAAACAGUUUUAUUUCUGAAAUUUAAUUGAACUGAUAUUUGGAUAUUUUGUUUUAUUCAUUAAAAAUUUAUACUAAAACAAUUAUUCGCCUCAGGCUCAGUGAUUACGGUGAAUAUUCACCUCGACUUCGUCUCGGUGAAUAUUCACCGGUAAUCACUUCGCCUUCGGCGAAUAAUUGUUAAUUAUAUAUAUAAUGCUGCUUAUAAACAACAAUUCGGGGAUGUAUAAACAUGUCUGUCUAGGGUGUUCCGGUUUUCGCGUGACAUUAUAAAGUCAUAUAUUCCUAUUCGAAUUUAACAUAUUUAUUUUAGAUGACGUUGAAGGCAGUAGCUUGGAAGAAGGCACUUACAUCAUUCGACCCUUUAACCUAUUACUACCUGAGGUUGGAAUCACACCGGGCGUGGGUGGCUUGGUAGACUUGCAUAUUCAAAGAAAUGGAAGAAAACUUAAAUUGGAUGAGGACCAGGAAGAGUUGUGCGAUGCAAAUUCCUGCCAAGCUCCCCAGGGUCACAACUCUCAAGCACCAAAUGCAGAGCUACGACGGGUUCAAUGUGAUUCCCCAAAGUGUAGGAAAUGGUUUCAUCUACAGUGUGUUGGUGUCGAUGAUGCUGUAGAGCUGCCAAGGAAAUGGUUUUGUGGCUGCUCAAAGUUUGAACGAGAAAAUAUAGUAAGGUACAAUAGAAACCUUACGUUAAUUGAUGGUUUCAUUGCCGGUUUUUGA